UUUAGGACAUUUGCCCUAAUGUAAGCCCCGUUCUUCUUCCUGUGGAUCUGACGAUGGCAAUGGGAGCCGGCGCCGGCGGGGAGAUGGGUGGCCACGACAUGGGUAUGAUGGCGCCUCCGCCAGCUUCAUCUCCGGCGCAUCGCAUGGGCCACGGGAUGAUGCACAUGACCUUCUUUUGGGGCCAGCGGGCCGCGAUCCUCUUCUCCGGCUGGCCCGGCGACCGCGGCCUCGGUAUGUAUCUCCUCGCCCUCGCCUUCGUCCUCGUCCUCGCCGUCCUCGAGGAAGCCCUCUCCGCCGCCUCCCAGAGGUUCUCCUGGAGGCAAGCCUCCGGCGGGGGGAGCCGCGGGCCGGCCGAGGCGCUGCUUCUGACCGCGCUGCACGCCGUGCGCCUGGGGCUGGCCUACCUGGUCAUGCUCGCGCUCAUGUCGUUCAACGGUGGAGUAUUCUUGGCGGCCGUCGUCGGGCACGCGAUUGGAUUCCUCUUCACUCGGAGCGGACUCCUGGAGCGGCAGGCGGCCAGAUCUGGAAACGCCCAGCAACCUCCUUCCGCCAAGGCUGUUACCUAUCUACAUUAUGAAUUUUUGAAUUCUCCUGCCAUCAGUUCAAGACCUGCUUCCACUGAAAGAGAGAAGCUGGUCAAUAGUUCCAUUCAUGGGGAAGGGAGUUCAUGGGAGUACUAAUGGCUACCGGCUGGAGAUGGCUGUGAAGCCUCAGAGCGUCUGCUCUUCCCAUAAUUGCAUCUGAAGAGAAAUAGUGAUCGAAUAAGUAAAUCGACUUUUUUUUCCUAUUAUUAUCAGAAGAAGAAUUCACAAAGAUGGUAGUUAACCAUGUUGAGUGACAAAUCCACUGGGGAGACUUGUGUUCAGGUUCAGAGCCUGGACCACUCUCGCCGGAAUAAACACAGUUGAACUAUCUGCUGCAUCACGAGCAAUAACAGAAUCAGGACACAUCGAAGGCAAAGAAGACUAGCAAGUCUAUGUUUAACAAGAUGAUUACUUGACUUCUUUUCCGGCUCCGCCUUGCUCACUGCCGUGCGAGGUAGGAAGACGCCGGUGCCGGCUGACUCAUUUCGCGCGCUGGAGUGGCAAAGGAAGACUGCUGGCGUCCCGGAUUGUGAAAGGGGAUGGUGCCGGAGCAGAAGUGGAGUCCGUAGCGAAGGAGAAGAGCCGGGGGUGCUUCUGCCACCGUAGCUGGGUCCUCUUCUUGCGUGUAGUUGCUGCUGCAGUAACUGUUGCUGCUUCAGGUGAAGGAGCUGAAGAUUCAGAAGCCAGCGCUCGUGAUGGCUUCGCCUGCGACGCUCCGCGUCGUCGAGGUCGGACCUCGCCGCCCCUUUUCCGGCAGCCCGAUUCAACAGAUCCCUCGUCUUCGGCGGUGGCAAGAGACCAAGAUUAAGACUCGCAUAACUCAACAAAGUUCGAAUCCCGCGAAAGUUCUCACCUUGUCUCCACCGCUGAGGAAAGUGCGGCCGCCCAUGUUGCCACCUUCCUCUUCCUCGUGCUUCCCCUCGCGGUCGACGAAGAACUCGUUGAAGAAUCCAUCGUCAAGUAGCUCGGAGGGAAGCUGAAAAUCCUCCGCCAUAAGCUGAAGCAGCACUGUACCGGAAGGCGGAAGAGCAAGCGUUUGCCGUAAUGCUACAAAAAUGGUGGCGGCGUGCACACGAAUGCGUACAGGGCGUGGCGGUCGUCUGCUCUGCCGCUGCCUCAAUUUGAACUCUAAUCGGAGAAUAUUCAAGGAAGCAGUCAACGUCGGAGGUAGCAGCAGGAACAGAGCCUUCUAUAAGAGUUCUUCCAAUUGACGUUGAAAACGACACACAAUUUGCAGAAUUAAAUUAGGGAUUAAUUAGGGACUACGGCAGCUUAACGAUGACUUUGGAAGUGACAUUUGUGCGUUCCGGAUGCAGCUUAAAUACAAUUAGCACAAAUGUCACCUCCAAACUCAUCGUUAAGCUACCGCAGUCCUUAAUUAAUCCACUACACGCCCAAUCAUUUAAUUGCCUAGUUUUUUUUUUUUUUACCUUCCCCCAAAAAAUUUAAUUGCCUAG